UUCCAUCUUCAUCGAAUGCCACGUCAUCACCCAAAACAGCGCUCACGUAGUCUCACCCGCACCAGAUCAAAACCAACACCAUCCAACCACGCUAUAAAAACCCCUAAACAAGCCUCAACCAAUUACCAAACUCGAAGAAGAAAUCACCACCAUUUUCUCUUCAUAACCAAAAACCUCUUUCUCGAACUGGCUAACCCUCAAGAUUCCUCCUCCGAUUCCAGCAACCAGAGGCUGGUUCUCACCCUCUAUGACGCCUUGAACGCUCGAGACUCCGACACUGUCGUCAACACCGUUGCUCCAGAUCUCGAGUGGUGGUUUCACGGCCCACCCUCUCACCAGUUUUUGAUGCGCAUGCUCACCGGCGAGGACUCCUCCUCCUCCUCCUCCGACACCGACACCACCGCCUUCCGAUUCGUUCCGCAGUCGCUCGCGUCGUUCGGAUCCACCGUCAUAGUCGAAGGCUGCGACACCUCACGCGCCAUUUCGUGGGUUCACGCGUGGACUGUCUCGGAUGGGAUAAUUACCCAGGUUAGGGAGUAUUUCAACACUGCCCUCACUGUUACUCGCUUCUCCAAAUCCGGGUCGCCGGAGAUUGUCCCGGCGGAGAACCGCUCCGGCAGCUUCCCGUGUGUUUGGGAGAGUAGCGUCUCCGAUCGGGUCGGGAAAUCCGUACCCGGUUUGGUUCUCGCUAUUUAAAAAAUAUUAAAAAUUAAGGAAAAUUAGUAGUAAGAAAUAAAGGCUUGUCGACGUGGCGGUCUGUGGUUGGUUUGGUUUCACACCUUUACGCGGGUGAUGUGAGACCCUGCUGCUUUAGGUGUGGUGGUUGAUUUUGAGUUUGUCGUAUUUUAUCUUGUUUGUUAGUUGGUUUGGGCCUUUCAAGUUAUGGGUGUCUCCACUAGGUUGUAUUCUUGUGUUUUUGUAAUAAUGUGGUGUUUUGAUGAUGCAAUAAAAGUAUGUGUGGAUCUUCAUUUUAAA